UUUUUUUUUAAACACGUUCAUGCUCUAUAUUGAAGAAUCUGGCUGUAAACACCGCUGCCCCCCAUCUUGAAGCGAAUACAAGUGCACAGGUUCACCAUGGGGAUCAAGGCUGCCCUCCCCAGAUAUGAGCUGUAUCUCUACACAGCGGUGCUCGCCGGGGCCUUGGUGUGGGCAGGCAGUUGGAUUUCUGAAGCUUCGAGUGAGAAUACAAACAGAAAGGCCUUCAAGGAAAGCGUGAAACCAGGAUGGCAUUACUUUGGCAGGAAAAUGGACGUCGCAGACUUCGAGUGGAUGAUGUGGUUCUCUACAUUCCGCAAUCAUAUCCUUUUUGCUCUCAUGGGCCACGUUAUCUUUGCCAAGAUAUUCACCCUCGUGGCUCCAAAGCACAGAUCCUUGAUCUUCGGUGUGUACGGCGGUUUGGCAGUGCUGACCACGAUGGGCUGGACCUUCAUGGCCCUGGUCCUGUCUCACUGCGUCGUGCUCUUCAGCGUCGCCCUGGUCAAGAAGAAGUGGCUGUGCUUUGUGGCCGGCCUCACCACGCUGGCCUCCAUCAAGCUGGAGCCCUAUAACUCCUGGCAGGAAGCCUUGGUGACCGGCUCUUUCGACCUGCAAGACAUCCUGUUCUAUGGCGGCUGCGGCUUCAGCAUCCUGCGCUGCAUGAGCUUUGCCUUGGAGAACUGCGAGAGGAAGGACGGCAACUACACAUUCUCGGACCUGCUGCGAUACAACUUCUACCUCCCGUUCUUCUUCUUCGGACCCAUCAUGACGUUCGACAGGUUCCAUGCCCAGGUGAACAACAUCCAGCUGACCCGCAAGGAAAGGGAGCUGUGGAACAUCACCACCAAGGCCUUGCGGCACCUGGGAGUUAUUCUGGUGGUGGACGUCUUCUUCCACUACCUCUACAUCUUGACAAUCCCCAGCGACAUGAAGCUGGUCUCUAAGCUUACUGACUGGAGUCUGGCUGGUCUGGCUUACUCCAACCUGGUGUACGACUGGGUGAAAGCAGCCGUGAUGUUCGGCGUCAUCAACACUGUGGCGACGCUGGACCACCUGGACCCUCCUCAGCCCCCCAAGUGUAUCACCAUGCUCUAUGUCUUCGCUGAGACGCACUUUGACAGAGGCAUCAAUGACUGGCUGUGCAAGUAUGUUUACGACUACAUUGGCGGGGAUCACAAUCAAAUCUUCAAGGAGCUCCUGGCGACCUUCUGCACCUUCGCCAUCACCACCUUGUGGCUGGGCCCGUGUGAGCUGGUUUACAUCUGGUCCUUCUUCAACUGCUUCGGCCUCAACUUUGAGCUGUGGGUGGCCAAGUUGUUCUCCCUUCCGCCAUUUUCUAUCAUAGAGGGGGCAAUGGGUGAAGCCAUGUCACGCAGGAUCCGGGGGGUGUUCAACGCUGCCAACUUCUGGACCAUCGUCCUCUACAACGUGCUCUCCCUGAACAGUUUGGAGUUCGCCAAGCUGGUGGGAAGACGACUGAUUUUCAAAGGUUUCCCUCUGUCCACCCUCUCCGUGUUACUUGUGACCUACUGUGGCGUGCAGCUGGUGAAGGAAAGGGAGAGACGGCAAGCCCUGCUGGACGAUCCAGAGCCAACGAAGGCCGUGGACGAGGGCAAAGAAAAGGCAGAAUAA